CUUUUCUUUUGGUAGUGCACACUAGGUGCCAAAGGUUUUUUCUAACUAGCAUUUCCUUAAGUUGACAGCCCUUUAUUAAUUUUGCCACUAGCUGCUUAUUUCCUUUCACCACCUGCAGCUGGAAAGGGUGUCUUGGAGAAAGGUCCACCAUGGUAAAACUUGUUUUACCAAACCCAGGGCUGGAGAAUAGGAUACAAACAUAUGAAGAACUAGAAAAGCUAGAAACAGAAGAGGCAGGUGAAAGACCACAAUGGGAUAACAAAGCUCAGUACAUGCUAACAUGCAUAGGCUUUUGCGUCGGACUUGGAAAUGUCUGGAGAUUCCCAUACCUUUGCCAAAGCCAUGGUGGAGGUGCCUUUAUGAUCCCAUUUCUUAUAUUACUGGUAUUUGAAGGCAUACCUCUGUUACAUCUGGAAUUUGCAAUUGGGCAGCGCCUAAGAAAAGGAAGUGUGGGUGUUUGGAGCACUAUUCAUCCAACCCUAAAAGGAGUUGGUAUUGCAUCAAUGCUGGUAUCAUUCUUGGUGGGUUUAUAUUACAAUACCAUUAUUGCUUGGGUCAUGUGGUAUUUUUUUAACUCCUUCCAAGAACCUUUGCCAUGGAGCGUUUGUCCACUGAAUGCCAACAGAACCGAAUAUGUAUCAGAGUGUGCAAGAAGCUCUUCUGUAGAUUACUUCUGGUACAGGGAAACAUUGAACACCUCCACAAAAAUUGAUGACUCUGGCAACCUCCAGUGGUGGCUGGUGCUCUGCUUAGCCUGUGCCUGGGGUGUUCUAUAUGUGUGCACCAUCAGAGGCAUAGAAACAACAGGAAAGGCAGUUUAUGUAACAUCAACUCUACCUUAUUUGGUACUUACAAUUUUCUUGAUUCGAGGUCUGACACUGAAAGGAUCAGUGAAUGGAAUCAUAUAUUUGUUUACCCCAGAUAUUUCGGAAUUGGCAAACCCAGUUACUUGGCUGGAUGCUGGUGCCCAAGUUUUCUACUCUUUUUCCCUUGCUUUUGGUGGCCUUAUUUCCUUUUCAAGUUACAAUUCUGUUCAUAACAACUGUGAAAGGGAUGCAGUUAUCAUUUCUGUAAUAAAUGGCUUCACAUCCGUAUAUUCUGCUACUGUCAUCUACUCUAUUAUUGGUUUCCGUGCCACCGCCAGAUAUGAUGAUUGUGUGGACAGCAAUAUCCUUUCUUUGACAAAUGCAUUUGAUUUGCCUGAAGGAAAUAUUACACAGGAUAACUAUGACAGCAUGUUGAAUCAUCUAAAUCAAUCAAAUUCAGAUUUGGUAUCAACUCUCAAGCUUGAAACCUGUGACCUUGACCAAAUUUUGUCAGAUGGUGUGGAAGGAACUGGUUUAGCCUUCAUUGUGUUCACAGAGGCUAUUACAAAAAUGCCUAUUUCACCGCUCUGGUCUGUACUAUUCUUCAUCAUGCUCUUUUGCCUUGGACUCUCUUCAAUGUUUGGUAAUAUGGAAGGAGUACUAGUACCACUGCUAGAUCUAAAAAUAAUCCCAAAAUCCUUUCCCAAGGAAGCUGUAACAGGUUUGAUUUGUGCAGUAUCAUUUUUAAUUGCACUUAUAUUUGUGCUGGAAUCUGGGAACUACUGGCUUGCAUUAUUUGAUGGCUUUGCUGGAUCUAUUCCACUACUCAUUAUAGCAUUUUGUGAAAUGUUUUCAGUGGUCUACAUAUAUGGUAUUGACAGGUUUAACGAAGACAUCAAAUUUAUGAUUGGUCAUAAACCAAAUAUAUUCUGGCAAGCUACAUGGAGAGUUAUAAGCCCUCUUCUUAUGUUGGUUAUAUUCUUAUUCUACUUUGUGGUAAAAGUCACUCAAAAGCUAGAGUACAUUACAUGGGAUCCAGAUUAUGAACAAUUUCCAAAAUCAAAGCCAGAGUCUUAUCCUGCCUGGGUGUAUGCAAUCAUUGUAAUUCUCGCUGGAGUCCCAAGUUUAGUAAUCCCAGUCUAUGCCAUUUAUAAAUUCAUCAGAAACUGCUGCACAAAAGAUGAAGACCAAAGAGAAAUUAUCAAUGCUGUAUCUGUGGCAUCACUCAAUGGAGACACUAAAAACCAGGUGUAAUGUAGGGUUCGAUUAUAUGCUAUCAAGGUGCAAUAAAGGUCGGGGAGGCCGAUUUACCAAAUUUUGAGGUCGACUAAACCACUAAAACCACGAAGCAAAGAAAGAUCUUCCAGUUGUAAAAUGGACACCUGCCAUUAACUUCUACAUGACUUUGACAGCUUUUAGAUGACGUAUUUUUUCUUUUGGAUUUGUCCCAGUUUUGUCACAUUAAUGACAAAAAAUUGUGUUUUAUUUCCGCAACAAAAACAUACGAAUUGUGAAAAAUAAACAUUCCUAAGUAAAUACCCCCUUGGUGUUUUUUUUUAAAUAAAUUCUGACUAAUCAUGGUUUCAGAAAAUAUUUGGACGUAUAUUUGUGUUUUUUCUUGAAUCGAGAAAAAAACACCAACCCAAUUUUUGAUAAAUCUGGCCCUUAGUGUUGUACUUGUUUGUUUUCAGUUUUCAUGAAUUUAUUCUCCCUCCGUUCACCCUUUAUUCUGUAUUUAGCCAGUGGCAUGAAAAUUAAUGUUAAUAUAAUGUAUACUAAUAAAAAA